GUGCUAGAGAACUUACCCUUCCAGUUCAGCUAUUGCCGGUCCCUUCUUCCUUUUUCCAAGAGCGUGUUCAAAGUAACUGGACCACCUGACCGCAUGCACGAAUAUGCCCUUUCAACCAGACAAUCUCUUGCUCUCUCUCCAGACGUCUCUACGCAAUGUCCGAGCAACUUUCGGAGAGAAAAGCAUCCAGUACCGCGAGAUCAAGCAUAUGGUCGACGAAUACAUGGCCAAACUGGCUAUGGAAGGGCUGUCGAUAUCUUCGAGCGAACAACAACACCUUGACGAGCAUAUGCAAACAGAUUGAGGGGCAACAGGAAAUGGUUUAAGCUAGAUGAGGAUGGUCAAAUUGGAUAGAGACAUUACGACAUCUGGGCAUCGUGUCUCUAGUCAGAAGAGCAAGGGAAGCCACCAACUCGGGUAUGCAAAUUGGUAGAAAAAGAAAGAAGAGUUAGUGAAUAUUGGCAAUAUCAUAUGCAACAGGGAUCACUUCAAAUUAAUGGACCGAUGGAAAAAGACUGAGAUGCGUUGUGCAUAUUGC